ACAUCUACGCAACAUGAUAACACUGUAUUAUUCUAAUAUUCCAAUAAUAAUAAUAUAUCUUGUAUUCCAAGUUUAUUCCUUUUCAUGAUUCUACUAAGAUCCUUAUAUUCUUCGUCUCUCCGGAUCCCUCUAUGCUUUUUCAAAUCCCCUUAAUUAUUUAUUUAAUCUCUCGGUCCCCUCUUACCAAAUAUAUAUACGCCUCUACUUUUCUUUUUCAUCUCAUCAAACUAAAUAAAAACCAUGAUAAUCGACAAUACCGAAUCCCACAAAAUGCAGAAAUCUUUAGACUACAUCGAAUCUCUCGAAGAAGAACGUCGCAAGAUUCAAGUGUUCCAGCGCGAGCUCCCCCUCUGCCUUGAACUUGUUUCGCAAGCUAUUGAGAAAUGUAAGAAGGAGUUUUAUAGGCAGAGGCAAGAAUGCAGUGAGCAAACAUCAAGUGAAGGGCCAGUUUUAGAAGAAUUCAUGCCUAUAAAAAGAGCUUCUUCUUCUGAGGAAGAUGAACAAAACUCUAAGAAAGCUAAGAUAAUUUGUGUUACCGAAAGUAACCGCAGUGAAAAAUCUUCGAAAAAAUCGGACUGGCUUAGAUCUGUUCAGUUAUGGAAUCAGACCCCAGAUCCACCCUCCAACAAAGAGGAUGCCCCGAGAAAAGUGACGGUGGUUGAGGUGAAUAAAAAUGGCAAUGGGGGUGCUUUUCAUCCUUUUAAAAGAGAGGAGAAGAGGGUGGUGGUGGAGGCACCGCCGGCAGAUGGCGCCGCCAGCUCCACGGCGGAGACUGGUGGUAGUAGUGGUGGAUGUAAAGGUGAAGAAAAAGAUGAUUCGCAUAGAAAAGCUAGGAGAUGUUGGUCGCCUGAGUUGCAUAGGAGGUUCUUGCAAGCCCUGCAACAACUUGGUGGCGCUCAUGUGGCUACACCAAAGCAGAUUAGAGAAUUGAUGAAGGUUGAUGGGCUAACUAAUGAUGAAGUCAAGAGUCAUUUACAGAAAUAUCGUCUGCACACAAGAAGACCAAGCCCAUCAAGCAACAACGCACAAGCACCUCAGUUUGUGGUGGUGGGAGGAAUCUGGGUGCCACCGCCACCAGAAUACACAACCACCAAUGCGAAUUCCGGCGAAGCGGGUUCCAUUCGAUCUCCCCCUCCUAACGGAAUUUAUGCACCGAAAGCCACAUUGCCGAAUGCUGUUAGAGAAGAAGCAACAACAAAUAACCCAACGCAACAAAGUGAAACAAAUUAUUCUGAUAAAAAUGGCAGCUAUAGUAAAACUGCAAGUCGUUCUGAGUCACCCUCUACCUCAUCUUCUACACACACUACUACAGCUUCACCUGCAUAUUGAUCAUUAUAGAUUAGCAGCGGCAGUGUAAUUCGUUUGACAAUUUUUUGGGGAUUUUUAUCAUCGUUUUGACUUGAAAUAUUAGAGCACAAACUUCGGGAGUUUUAA